AUGGCGACUGUAAUUAUGCGCCAGGUAAAAAAGCAAUACUAGUUAUAUUCCAGCUUUGUUUUAUUUUAUUUGUUACAUCUUUAUCCUGCUGUUCUUCCCAAAUGAGCCCAGAGUCCCAGGUUCUGAUUAUGUGUAAGUUCCAAUUAUUUCCGAAUGUCAGAAUAUACAUGAAAAAGAUGCACUGUCUGUUUCCCCACCUGUCCCCCAAAUCUGAUGUGUUCAGCAUAAAAAACUUAUGGUAAAUUACAUUAUGGACAAAGAAUCCAGCAAACAAUUGCUGGAGUAUAAUGUGUUUUAAAUCUAAUUAUUUGUAGUUUCAUUUCCACACACAUCCUGGCCGUUCCUUGAAAGACCUCAGGAUGGCAUACUUAUUCCUUCCCAUUUUAAUCUGCACAACAGCUCUGUGAGGUUUGUUUGGCUGGGGGAUUAUGGUUGGUGCAGCACCAUCUUCUAUUCAGCUUUGUGGCUGAGUGAAAAUCUGAACCUAGGCCUUCCUAGUCCAAUACAGUAAGGCAUACCCAUCAACUGCCCUGGAAAAACUGUGACAUCCCAUUUUCCCCCAUGAGAGUAUGGUGGCCAUUUUGGGUGCCUCGUUCUUGCGAUUUUGGGCCAAGAUCUUAACCCAGAAAAAAAAGAUCAGGCACUUUGCACCCCAAAAAUGUUAUUUCUGGGUCCAUGAUCUUGCAUGGGUCAUGCAACUUGUAUGGGGUAUUGGACUUGGAAAAUGGUGUCCUGGAUUUGGGCUGCGUUGUGUAAAAUGAGACACAUAUCAGAGUGAGCUCUUCAGUAGAGUAGAGUUUUGGACAGCCCUAUUCAGGCAUUAUCCUCCAUGUGGAGAUUAUUUUCUUUUAUACUCUUAGUUUUAAACUGUUUGUAUUCUCUGCUUAGCAUUUUAUUGCUUAUACUUGUAAUUUAGCCUUUAACUGUAAUCCUCCCAGCAUAUUGCUAUUGGGCAGCAAAUAAAUAUUGUAAAUGAAUGAGCGUUUACACUUAUUCUUUACCUCUCGCUGACAUAUUCUGUUUAUUUCCCUCAAGAAGACUUUAAAAACUGUCUGACUUACCAUCACCAUUCUCUCCAAGCAAAUCCAAGUUACCUAUCAGAUAAACCAAUAUAUAGCUGGAGUGAAACACCGACUUUACUAGUAAGUAAAACUCAGUAUUUAAGUGCAGGGGUGGUGGCAGAGAAAUGAAAAAUGCAUUCUAUUCUAUUGCAUUCUUGACAUCAGAGGUGGGAAGCCUGUUUCAGCCCAAGGGCCAUAUUUCCCUUCUGGGGGCCACAUGCUUAUAGCGAGUGGGGCCAGAGGUAACAAGCAAUGCCUAUGCCCCACCUUUGGUCAGUAGGCUAUAUUCCAGUCACACAAAAUCAAAAGUUUCUACACGUACACAAUCCACAUCUCUCUAUCCAGGCAAGCAAGAGUUCAAGGAUGCUUUCCAGUUGAGCAAAAGCAGGAGGUUAGUGCAGAACAGGACCACUGAUGUGUGGUGUUAUGUAUUGAAGUUCUCACCCUGGCCACCAGGGGGUAUUGUGUAUAUAGUUUUCACUCAGGUCCACGUCAGUUAAUUUAGGCGGGAAACCCUGGGCUGUUGUUGUUACAGUGUUGACAGCUGGCUGCCUAUAAAAGCAGGCUGGCUGAGCUGUGUUCAGUUCAGUUCAGUUCAGUUCCAGCUUACUUAUAAAGAACUACAGUGGUACCUCGGGUUAAGUACUUAAUUCAUUCCGGAGGUCCGUUCUUAACCUGAAACUGUUCUUAACCUGAAGCACCACUUUAGCUAAUGGGGCCUCCUGCUGCCGCCGCGCCACUGGAGCACGAUUUCUGUUCUCAUCCUGAAGCAAAGUUCUUAACCCGAGGCACCAUUUCUGGGUUAGCAGAGUCUGUAACCUGAAGCGUAUGUAACCCAAGGUACCACUGUACUUGGAGAAAUCUCUGUGUCAUCUGCUUUGUCAACUCACUACUUAAUAGGUGGGACCCAGGGAGGAUGUGUGGCUUUGAGAGAGUCUCAAGUCUCAUCCCUGACUAGUUUCCCCUGCCCUGCUCCUACCACCUUCACUUUAGCAUAAAACUCUGAGGUGGGGAAGUCUUUGCAUGUAGACCUCUACGUGUGUAGACUUCCCUAGAGCCUGGGGCCCUGCAUGAUCAGGGUUUCAGAGCUUUGGGAAAGCUGCAUGCAUAGAAGUCUACGUGUGAAGUCCUCCUCACCUCAGAGUCACAGCAUGGGCAUAGUCAGGAUUUUUGUUAGGGGGCAGACCUUUGGCUGGGGUGGGGGGUAGAACCUCAGUUUGCUAUGUAUUUUUAUUUUUAUUGAUUUAGGGGGAGUAGCUGCCCUUCCCUGCCCCCCCAGCUACUCCCAUGACAGAUAGCCACUGUGGUAUUAGCCAAAGCCCUUCAUCAUCAGAGGCAAGGUCAAAAGCAUAGCUUCACAGACCUUUGCUCUUUCACUUGAAGAAAGCUUGGGUCACUGUGGAAUUCUAGAGAGCAGAUAAAUAACUUCACUCCGUUUCAUGUCUCCUCACACUAUUAUUGUCCAUUUCUUUAAGAAUACAGAGGCAGAUUUUUAUCUGGGUGCAGCUGAGUACCAUACUCUGCAGACCAUUCCAGAAAAUCCAGAGAUGUACGUCAUACCUUUGCAGCAAAAAGGCAGGAAAGGUUUGUGAACAUUCUGGCAAUUACACGUGUGCAUUCUGGAUCAGGGUUCAUCAACUUUUGGAGCGAGUGGCCACAUCUGGCAUUUGGACUAAACACCAUGGGCACUGGGGGACGCGGGUGGCGCUGUGGGUAAAACCUCAGCGCCUAGGACUUGCCGAUCGUAUGGUAGGCGGUUCGAAUCCCCGCGGCGGGGUGCGCUCCCGUUGCUCGGUCCCAGCGCCUGCCAACCUAGCAGUUUGAAAGCACCCUCGGGUGCAAGUAGAUAAAUAGGAACCGCUUACUAGCGGGAAGGUAAACGGCGUUUCCGUGUGCAGCUCUGGCUCACCAGAGUAGCUUGUCACGCUGGCCACGUGACCCGGAAGUGUCUGUGGACAGCGCUGGCUCCCGGCCUCUAGAGUGAGAUGAGCGCACAACCCUAGAGUCUGUCAAGACUGGCCCGUACGGGCAGGGGUACCUUUACCUUUUUACCAUGGGCACCAGUCACAAAAUGGCAGCUGUGGGAGCAUGACAUAACACAAAAUGGCUGCCAUGGGGAUGUGGCAUAACAUAAAAUGGUUGCCGAAGAGGCGUGGCAUUAUGUCUGCCACAUUUAAAUGGGUAUCUAAAAUAGCAGAAAGAGAGGUUCCCAAAAUUAUAUGGGCAUGCCCCAUCAAUUUUAUGGGCGGUGGAAGGCACUUAUAUCAGCUACCGCUGUGCUCACUCACACAGAGAAGCUAUUUUCACCUCUCCUCUGUUCAGAAUGGAAAGGAAAGGUAGGUGUCAAAUCCUGACAUCCAAUGAGAUCUGGGGUCAGGGGUAUUUUACAAUUUGGCCAUUGUGAGGAGAAUUUAGACCACUCAAUGGACCACUGUGAACAAGUCGUUCUGCACUUCGCUGACAAAAUCACUUGGAUCCAUUCUAACUUGGAUGCUAUAGUUGAUACAGAUCUGGCGGAUGUAACUGGCCUCUGUUUGUCCAGUGUUAAUGGAUACUUUUCAAUUUGUACAGCCCAAGAAUGCUAGAUCCUUGUCCUUCCUGGCUCAUCAAAAGGGCCAGUGGGGGAUGGGCUAAGUGGAUGACGGGAGCGGUCAGUGCCUUCUUCCAGCAAGGCAUGGUUCCAGCAUGCCUGAAGGAGGCAGUUAUAAGACCUCUAUUGAAAAAGCCUCCCUUGAAUCCCACCAUGUUGGAUAAUUAUCAGCCAGUCUCCAAUAUCCCAUUUUGGGGCAAGGUAUUGGACCUGUUUAAUUAUUAUUAUUUUUUUAAACUUCCUGAUAGGCAGGAAGAAGCUACGCCUGUUUGAAUAUCUUCACGAAUCUCUCCAUAAUCCAGACCUGGCAAACUGCAUCCAGUGGUUAGAUAAGCCCAAUGGCGUCUUCCAGUUUAUUUCCAAACACAAGGAGAAAUUGGCAGAACUGUGGGGGGAACGCAAGGGAAACCGGAAGAUCAUGACCUACCAGAAAAUGGCUAGAGCUCUGAGGAAUUACGGAAGAACAGGAGAAAUAAUCAAAAUCCGAAGGAAACUGACCUAUCAGUUUGGUGCCAUAGCUUUGCAAAGGCUUUCUCUGGCUUGCUUUCCUGGGAAAGAGGGAGAUUUUGAUCUCUAUCACCAAGGUGAUCAAAAGUGCCAGUAUGCAGACAGCUGGCUUUCUUAUCAUUAUUACAUGUAUAACAAGGAUCAUGAACUACAGCAGCUUUAUAGCAAUACAAAUCCAUUCUGUUAUGAGUCUUAA